AAUACUACUAACAUAAAGGCCACUUACAACAAGCUAUCUUUACCAACGAUAAUUUUCAAAAAUGCCAAGAAGAGCGAAAGGAACAAGUGCUUGUAACUUCCAUGUGCAAGUGCUUUGUCAAAAGUCUCGCGAUGAAUUCCACAGGUUGGACUGAGAGUUGGUUACCGUAGUAACGCCAAUAACGCCCACAGCGACGUUAAUUUAUCUGAUGAUUUAACUAGCUAGCUAGCUAUAUUUCGACAUCAAGACACGACAAUGUCUAGAAAGAGACAAAAAGAGAAAGCAGACAAGGCACCUGCUGAGGACGAGGCCUCGAAAAAUGCAGGACCGACUCCAAAUGAAAAACUGCCUGCUCAGACCUUUGAUGAAUAUCAGUGCUCAGGCAAUGUGAAGAUUGACUUCCCUGGGCUUUGUUCUCUUCUAAAGAUGAAGAAUAUCCCAACUGUCAGUGCCAAGCAACCAGCCUCCUCCACCCCUGAAACUGAAGGAGGGGGCAGAGAAGCUGAGGUGAAAAGAAAGUGGAGUAAUUUGAGGGACAGGCUCCGCAAACAGAUGAGACUAGAAAAAAUCACAAAAAGUGGAGCAGCAGCUGGUUACAGGAGCAUCCUGUCAAACCUUAAAGCACCUAAGCCAUGCCUCCAAGUGGAGCUGGAGAAUGAAGACCCCCACAGCGCCAAGAACCUGAAGGUUUCUGGAUGGAAGGUAAAUGAGCAGAUUGCCAGAGUGCUACAGAAGAUGCUUCUUUCCUUGAGCAAGCUACAGAGCCUUCAGUUUUGGCAGGCGGGACUGACAGAUCGAAUGGUAAUCUCCCUUAUGAACACAAUAUCACUGUGCUCCAACCUGAGAGCUGUGAAAUUGGAGGGGAACCCUCUUCCAGAGCGGAGCUACCACCUUCUUCUCUCUGAAGACAGCGUCCUCACUCACUUGUCCCUGCGAAAUAACCGGAUAGGAGACGAGGACGCUCGUCUAAUUGGCUUGGCUCUCUCAACAACCAGAUCUGCUAACAAGAACCUCUUGUCACUCAACCUGGCAUUCAAUUCUAUCGGUGAUGUAGGUGCUACACAUAUCGCACAGGGCCUGCGGUUGAAUCGUGCUUUGCUCUUUCUCUCACUGUCCAACAAUCAGAUUGGAGACCCAGGAGCUGCUCAUCUGGCUGCGAUACUUGGUGAGUUUGCUCUCACUCAUGAAGAAGUUGUGGAGAGGAGGAAGAUGCUUCUGGAAAGAAGGCAGUCUUCAUCUUUAGGGGUUGAUUCUGACCAGCCUGCUGACCAACUUCCCUCAGUGGCCAGCAGCACUUCACUGAGCGUCAGCAAAGGGGACAGCAAAGGCAAAAAAAAGGAAACAUCCAAAAAAGACGAGAAACCAGCUGCCUACAAAGAGAACCCAAAGUCUAACAAGAAAUCUUCUGAUAAUAAGGUGUCUCAAAGUAAAGGUGGCAAGCAGGGCGGCAAAGAGAAACAACUAUCUGCACAGGAGGAUACAUCAAGUACUGACCUGAAUGAGGGAGAGUCGCUGGAGAAAGUGAACCCCCUGCUGGACCAGUCGGUUCAGCACAGGGACGGUGACCUUAUUCUGCCUGGAAACAGAACUCUCACCUCCCUCAACCUGGCAGGAAACAGAAUUACAGAGAAGUCACUGCCUCUGUUCCUGACAUCACUAGAGAUGCAGGGUGAGGGAGGAGGCCUGCUGCGUCUCUGUCUGCAGAGAAACCGCUUCCCGCCAGAGUGUGAGUGUUAUGUGAAGAUAAAGCAACUGAUGGCACUCACAGAUCCACUAGAAAAAAACAACUCUGAACAGACAGAAGAGGAGGAACAGGGGGCAUAGUGCUGAGAGAAGUAAUCUGCUUCUACAGACUUAACUGUAUACUUAUAAUUUGGUAUAUAACAAUAAAAAUAAUUUGUCCUCUAUUGUGGUUUUGUAACACAUGAGAUGAACAAAUAGAAGCACUAACAGUAGCAGUCUUGUGGUACACAAGAAGGCCUGAACAGGAGGACAAUGUGGCACAUUAAAAUCCAGAUGCUUUGACAUGGACCGCUAAUCAGAACCCGGCCUACAGAUCUGUUUUACUGCUUUGUUUUGCUCACAGUCAGAACUAACACCUUGAAGGACAAAGACUGAGAACAGCCAUAUACCAAAAGUGCCUAAUAAACCGUUGCUAUCAUAUCUCAUAGUUGUCAGCCAGUGUGACAGGUAACACUCACUGAUUUAUCUACCAAAGACUGCACCAGUUUUGGAAAUUUGAAUGGUGUUUUAGGCAUUUGUGUCAAAGUUACUGCCUUUUCCGUGUGAAAUUCUCUCUUUGUAUUUCCCUCCACAGGGUUUCCUUUUCCUUGCUGAGCUACAGUAAAGGAAUUGUAGCACAAAUUAUACAUUUCACACUAAUAAGAGCAUAACUUUGGAAGAUACCCACAUCAUUUGUCUACUUCAGGCUGCCGAUGUUAGCUUCAUCUGAACUGUAGAGAUGAUUUUUUUUUCUCCCACAGAACUAUUGAUUUUGUCCCCUAUCUCCUACAUUAGAGUUUGGCUAUGAAGGGAUCACUUCAUGGCAAGCAUGAACCGGAGAAAGAAUUACAUUGAAACAGAACUGUUUCAGUGUAUAUAUAGGCAUGUUGGUAUUGUAUUAAACUUGAAAAAAUUGGAACGUAUCCUGAAAUGGUUAUUCUGUUACAUCUGAUACCGAGGACGUUUGCAGCUGCUUUGGUGCCAAACCACUUUCAAAGGAAAGGAAAAAAAACCUUUUAUGUUUCA